AUGGCGGUGAACCUACAGACGAAUUUUGUCAUGCUGGUUGGUUACCUGAUAUUAACUCUUCGGAUCACAUUGUCUAUAACAGAUACGUUCCAGGUCUCCGUGCCCGAAAACGUCGCUGUGGGAAAUACCAUAUUCAGUCUACCAAGGAACCACGCUGGUGAAAAAGCGGAACUUCCGUGUGCAGAAAUAGACGGGGAUCCGUACCACCGCUUCAAUGUGACAAAGAACUGCACUAUUGUGGUCGCCAACCCUCUGGACUGGUCAGUACAGUCGGCAUAUCUGCUCAACAUUGGUAUGGUCUUGUACAACACCAGUGUCGGGGUGCAGUUGUCUGACGUUGUGGGCUAUCCUCCUGUGUAUAACGAAUCGUGUGAAACCACUAUUAACCCUAACGUUAUAUCCGCACUCUUCAGUUUGACGUAUGAGGCGGAAGGGGUGACUGCAAACGGUGAUGUUUUGUACACAAGGCAAACAUGGGCAUGGCCUGAGUACUCUCACCACCUGGACGCGCCUUGGAACGCGAACACAAACAACAGCGACUGUACUGCCCGUAUGGCUUUUUACACGACUUGGGCUGAUGAUGUCGUAACGUUGAAAGAUAUAUGGUAUAACGGCAGGCGUCAACUGACAUGUAGAGCGGGACCUGAACAGCCCUUAUUUUUAGUAGGUGAGUUGUUUAAUCUAGAUCUGGGACGCGAGGACAAAUCGAGAAUACAGAAACUAAGACAGUUUAUUCCUAACUCUGUCGUGGAUGACAUGAAACACAACUUUAUCGUGUUGUUUACGUCCGUUUUUCCUGCGAAAGAAGUGAAGUUAUAUUCCUGCAAACUUCCGUCAUCUCAACGCAUUCUUUUAAGGACAACCGUUGACGACCGGACCGUAGAAAUAGCGAGCGUUGAAUAUGUAGAUAUAGAAAUACGUCCUGUAGGCUGCCCUGUUGGAAAAUACGGAUUCCUCUGUGAUAAGAACUGUAUCUGUAAGAACGGCGCCCGCUGUCACGGGUUUAACGGUGCCUGCAAAUGUCCGCCCGGCUGGACAGGCGUGGCCUGUGACAUCCCUCAACAAGACGUCUCGGUUACCACGACACCUAGCGACCCUCGGCAUAUCUUCCUUUCCAGCAAUGUGGCUUUUCACUGCAGGGUGUACAACUUUGAUGCCAAAACCAUAUCUCUGCGCUUUCCAAAUGGGUCUGAAAAACGAAGUAAUGACGAAAACAACAUGACUGUAACUGUCUCCAACAUACAGCUAACAGACAGUGGAUAUUACACCUGCACGGUUUUUGACAAAAAGGGACACAGUGUAAAUGCUACAAUUGCUGUUGAUGUACAUUGCCCACUGAACUAUAAAGGUGUCGGUUGUGAUGAAGUGUGCGAUUGCUUGCAAGGUGCCGACUGUGACCGCUGGGCCGGUUGUGUCUGUCCGCCGGGAUGGACAGGAACAAACUGUCAGACAAAAUGUCCACACGGCACAUACGGUAAACACUGUGCAAAGUACUGCAACUGCCACAACGAGGCCACAUGCAGUCCUAGCGACGGCAGGUGUAACUGCACUGACGGUUGGUACGGAAUGGAUUGUCAAAAAACAUGCCCAAACCGUCGUUUCGGUCGGAGAUGUCAGCAGGUCUGUACUUGUAAGAACAACGCCACAUGUGAUAACGUGGACGGCAGCUGCGCAUGUGUGACGCCAUGGACGGGACGGAACUGUGACCAGUUACAGACAAGCAGAGAUGAACCGCUGCUCGAAAGUCUGGUCCCACUGGGCUCCUUAGUCGUACUUGUUGCCAUAGUGGCAGCAAUACUCUACAAAACGGGCAUCUUAGCUUGCUCAGCCCCCAACACACGGGAGGAAGACAAGAUCCUUUUUGAACUGAGAAAAAUGGAGCAAGAUCUAGCACAGAGCCUACAGCCGGGCUGGCUGGGACGAUGGGAGAAGAAGAUCCACCAUCUUACUCCUGGUCCCCUGAUAGGGGAAGGAAUGUUUGGGCAAGUCAGAAGGGCACAGCUGCGCACACCUGAAAGACAACUCGACGUCGCUGCAAAGACAGUUCGCGUGGAGGACUCACAGUCCUACCGUGACUUCUAUAGAGAAGCGGCCAUACUGGUAGCUGUGCACCAAAUGCAAGAACGAGAUGGCAAUGAUCGCAAGUCCAACAUCAUUCGACUCGUGGGGCUUAUCACCAAGUCUGCGGAGAAGUACAUUCUUCUAGAGUAUGCCCCAAAAGGCGACCUCUUAGGCUUCCUACGGGGUACAAAGAAUGAGGAAUACGUAUUGGAAAAUCUUCUUGGAUACGCAGUGCACAUAGCACGAGCUCUGCAAGAGCUGGAACGCUUGAGAAUCGCCCAUCGUGACGUGGCCGCUCGCAACGUCCUCAUCACAGCCGAUGACUUGGCCAAGUUGGCUGACUUCGGACUAGCCAGAGAUGUCUACACCACCACUCAGUAUGUACGAGCCAACCGUCCAGGCGUUGACGAACUCCUUCCGCUGAAGUGGAUGGCGCUGGAGUCCAUCGAGACCGGCGAGUACACCUGUGAGAGUGACGUCUGGUCCUUCGGCGUGCUGCUGUGGGAGAUCGCCACGCUGGGAAAAGAUCCGUGCUACGAUGGCAGGACUCAGUUGAGCUUUCUUCAGAUGGUGGGGAUUUUGAGGCAAGGAAUACGAAUGAAAAGGCCACCGGGAUGUCCAGAGGAGCUGUACCGACUGAUGAGGGCGUGUUGGCGCGACGUUCCAGCUACAAGACCGACUCCAGAAGGGAUGGAAAAGAGACUGCUGCAACUGAGGCGUACAUUGCUUCCUCCAGAGGCCAUGCAAAUGGAGACUGCAUUUCACAAUCAGCCCAUGACAAAGUUUCUUCGUCUGUGUUUUAUUCGCGAUAAAAUCAUGAAGGUGAACCUACAGACAAAGUUUAUCAUGUUGGUUGGUUACCUGAUAUUACUCCUUCAGACCACAGUGUCUGUUACAGAUAAGUUCCAGGUCUACGUACCCGAAAACGUCGUUGUUGGAGAGACCAUAUUCAGCCUACCAGGGACCCGGGCUGGUGGAAAAGCGGAACUUCCGUGUGCAGAAAUGGACGGGGAUCCAUACCACCGCUUUAAUGUGACGAAAAACUGCACCAUUCUGGUCGCCAACCCUCUGGAAUGGUCAGUACAGUCGGUGUAUCUACUCAAAAUUGGUUGGGGAUUAUACAACAUCAGUGUCGGGGUGCAGUUGUCUGACGUUGUGGGCUAUCCUACAGUGUAUAACGAAUCGUGUGAAACCGGUAUCAGUACGAACGUUAGCGUUAUCUCUUCACUUUUUAGCUUUACGUUAAGGGCAGAAGGGUUGACAGCAAACGGCGAUGUUAUGUACAUGAGAAGACCAUGGCCAAAUGGUCGUGACUCCCGCUCGCUAAGGCGUGCUCCGUGGAACACGAACACAAACAACGGUGACUGUACUUUCCGUGUAGCUUUUUACGCGGCUUAUGUUGAUGAUCUCGUAGCGUUAACAGAUAUGUGGGAUAACAAAAUACGUCAAGUGACAUGUAGAGCAGGACCUGAACAGCCCAUCUUUUUAGUAGUUGAGUUGUUUAAUCUGGGUCUAGGAAAGGAUGACAAAUCGAGAAUACAGAAAUUAAGAAGGUUUGUUCCUAACUCUGUCGUGGACGACGAGAAGUAUAACUUAAUCGUGUUGUUCACGUCCGUUUUUCCUAUGAAAGAAGUAAAGUUAUUUUCCUGCAAAAUUCCGUCAUCUCAACGCAUUCUUUCAAGGACAAGCAUUGACGGCCGGACCGUAGAAAUAGCGAACAUUGAAUAUGUAGAUAUAGAAAUACGUCCUGUAGGCUGCCCUGUUGGAAAAUACGGCUUCCUCUGUGAUAAGAACUGUAUCUGUAAGAACGGCGCCCGCUGCCACGGGUUUAACGGUGCCUGCAAAUGUCCGCCCGGCUGGAAAGGCGUGGCCUGUGACAUCCCCAAACAGGACGUCUUGGUAACCACGACACCUAGCGAUCCUCGACAUAUCUUCUUUUCCAGCAAUGUGGCUUUUCACUGCAGGGUGUACAACCUUGAUGCCAAAACCAUAUCUCUGCGCUUUCCAAAUGGGUCUGAAAAACGAGGUAAUGACGAAAACAACAUGACUGUAACUGUCUCCAACAUACAGCUAACAGACAGUGGAUAUUACACUUGCACGGUUUUCGACACAGACGGACACUGUCUAAAUGCGACAGUUGUUGUUGAUGUACAUUGCCCACUGAACUAUAAAGGUAUCGGUUGUGAGGAAGUGUGCGAUUGCUUGCAAGGUGCCAGCUGUGACCGCUGGGCUGGAUGUGUCUGUCCGCCGGGAUGGACAGGAACAAACUGUCAGACAAAAUGUCCACACGGCACAUACGGUAAACGCUGUGCAAAGUACUGCAACUGCCACAACGAGGCCACAUGCAGUCCUAGCGACGGCAGGUGUAACUGCACUGACGGUUGGUACGGAACGGAUUGUCAAAAAACAUGCCCAAACCGUCGUUUCGGUCGGAGAUGUCAGCAGGUCUGUACUUGUAAGAACAACGCCACAUGUAACAACGUGGACGGCAGCUGCGCAUGUGUGACGCCAUGGACGGGACGGAACUGUGACCAGUUAUUACAGACAAGCAGAGACGAACCGCUGCUCGAAAGUCUGGUCCCACUGGGCUCCUUAGUCGUACUUGUUGCCAUAGUGAUGGCCAUACUCUUCAAAACAGGGAUUCUGGCUUGCUCAGCCCCCGACACGCGCGAGGAGGACAUGAUACUUUUUGAACUGAGAAAAAUGGAGCAGGACCUAGCACAGAGCCUACAGCCGGGCUGGCUGGGACGAUGGGAGAAGAAGAUCCACCAUCUUACUCCUGGUCCCCUGAUAGGGGAAGGAAUGUUUGGGCUGGUCAGAAGGGCACAACUGCGCACACGUAAAAGACAACUCGACGUUGCUGCAAAGACAGUUCGCGUGGAGGACUCACAGUCCUACCGUGACUUCUAUAGAGAAGCGGCCAUACUGGUAGCUGUGCACCAAAUGCAAGAACGAGAUGGCAAUGAGCGCAAGUCCAACAUCAUUCGACUCGUGGGGCUCAUCACCAAGUCUGCGGAGAAGUACAUUCUUCUAGAGUAUGCUCCAAAAGGCGAUUUCUUAGGCUUCCUACGGGGUAUAAAGAAUGAGGAAUACGCAUUGGAAAAUCUUCUUGGCUACGCAGUGCACAUAGCACGAGCUCUGCAAGAGCUGGAACGCUUGAGAAUCGCCCAUCGUGACGUGGCCGCUCGCAACGUCCUCAUCACAGCCGAUGAUGUGGCCAAGUUGGCUGACUUCGGACUAGCCAGAGAUGUCUACGCCACCACUCAGUAUGUACGAGCCAACCGUUCAGGCGUCGACGAACUCCUUCCGCUGAAGUGGAUGGCACUGGAGUCCAUCGAGACCGGCGAGUACACCUGUGAGAGUGACGUCUGGUCCUUCGGCGUGCUGCUGUGGGAGAUCGCCACGCUGGGAAAAGAUCCGUGCUACGAUGGCAGGACUCAGCUGAGCUUUCUUCAGAUGGUAGGGAUUCUGAGGCAAGGAAUACGGAUGAAGAGGCCACCGGGAUGUCCAGAGGACCUGUAUCGAUUGAUGAGGGCGUGUUGGCGCGACGUUCCAGCUACAAGACCGACUCCAGAAGGGUUAGAAAAGAGAUUGAUGCAACUGAGACGUACAUUUCUUCCUCCAGAAGCCAUUCAAAUGGAGACUGCAUUGUAA